GCGCGAGCAGGAAUCUUGCACUAGGAAACAGAUGCUGGAUUUCAAGUGGCGCGUGAGGACGAUUAAUACUUCCAACUGUAAUUUUAAAAAGCACGGGUUAUUUUAAACAUUUUACCGCUGGUAUUCGCUUACAUCUACUCGAGGUGAUAUAGAUUGGAUGCAAUUAAGUGACGUAUCACUACUGAUUUUUUUUAUGGAACCAAAAAGAUAAGAUAAAAUAUUGCUAAUAUAUUUAGCGCAUUGGACGCUUUGAGAAAGCUGAGCACACUUUACUGCCGACGAGGAAGGCACGAGCUGGCCAUCCAGAACUGUUUGUGGAAUAUAUGUUGAAAUUUCCGUAUUGACAUUACUAUUUGGAUGGACUACUGUUUGGAUUUUUCUACGACUAGACUUGCCCUGGCAUUCGAGAUGAGUUAUUUGACGUCACUGUUACAAAUAGUUGCUGCGGUCCAGAUGAACCUUUUACCUGCACAGAGUUCUUCCUUAGGAAAUGUUAACAGCACUGCUAAAGUGAUACUCUUUCAGGAGGUUUGGGGGAAAAGCUUCUGCCGCACUAUAGAGAAGCUGGUGGAAGUGGUUCAGGAGUACCCUGGGGAGGUGGAGCACAUCUUCAGCCCUGCCUGCGUGCCAUUGGUCCGCUGCGCUGGUUGCUGUGGAGAUGAGAACCUGGAGUGUCACCCUACGCUCACUUCUAACAUCACUAUGCAGUUAUUAAAGAUUAAGCCAGCAGAGCAGGGCCAGGAAUAUGUGGAGAUGACCUUUGUGGAGCACAAAGCCUGUGAAUGUAGACUAAGAAAACCUUCAACAAAACAAGACAGAUGGAAACCCAGAAAUAGAGGGAGAAAAAGGAAGGAGAAACAGAGAGUGAAAGACUGUGACAGGUGUCAGCCUCCCCGUAGGUAAACGCUGUCUUGCCGAGAUGCCAGCCAAUCACGCGCACCCUCCCUCUUCUGUGCGACCCUCACCAUCAUCAUCAUUCACUCAUGGAUACUGCCACUGCUCCGCAUCCCACGAUCCCAGAUGCGCAGUUGUUAUGGUGACGGGGCUUGUGUCUGCAGUGAUCUAUACAGGAAACUCCUGUUGUGCUAGUCUCUACAGAAGAAAAACAAACCUAAAAUCUGAGACUGACUUAAACCCUAAGGACUUAUAUUAUUAUAAUAUAAUAAGAUUGUUAUUUUAUUGUGUUAUAUUAAUAACAUUAGUAGUAGUAGAAGUAGUAUAUAGUAGUGGGAACUGGUUUAGCAGCCAGCUUUUCCAACUCUUAUUUAUUGAAAUCCACUGAAGUACAACUGUUUGUGUUCCAUUAAUCAAUAUAUUAAAAGAGCCAUUGUGUGUUUGUUAAUAAAUCCAGGAGGAACCACAGAACAAACUAAGCCAAAGAUAUUCUAUUUUCAUCUGUCUUAUCACAACUAUGCCUAUAUUACACUUUACAGGUGAAAACCUUGUUAGGUGAUGUUUUCAUAAGUAGUAUUUUCUUUUUAAAGCUUCUCUGUGGGUUUAUUCCUUGACCUGAGCAUCAAAUAAGUGGAUUGACAUACUGACCUCUAGUGGUAAUAAUAAAAUAAUUACAGUACGUACAUUCACAAAGUGUUCAUCAAAGAUUAAUACUGAUCUGAAAAAGUCAUCCCGUAAUAAUAUAUAUCAUUAUAGUUUUUUCAGCUAUGGUAAUAAUACAAGAUUUGAUGUGUGCACUGUGUAAGGACAAAGACUUGCUCUGAAAGGGCCAGUCAACAGCAACCGAGACAGACGUUCAUCACGAUAUGAGUGAAUGUUGGUGUAUUUGUAUUAUUGUGAAAAUGACUGAAUUUCCCACACUUUAGACUCGGGUCUGUAAAGUGCCGGAAUUAAACCAAAGAGGCAUUAAUAUCUAUGCUGCUGACUGAGCGUAGGGCCCUAAAUA